ACGGCUCAGCUCAGCUCUCACAUCUGGCCACGUUCUCAUACAAGCAGCUGGGACAAAGUGGGGAGCUUACACGGAACACGUGAAAUUGUUCCCCAGAAGGAAGAUAGAAUGUCUUCUAAGCAGAUCUUCUCUAUGACCUACUGUGCAAGAAUAGUGACAUCUAAAGGUUUUGGAUUGUGUUCUUUCUUUGGUUGAUUUUUAUACGUUUUACAUAUUGUAUUGGAAUAUAUCUAACAUUAAAUGUACAUACACACAUACUCUCAAAGAGUGUGCAAGUUGGAUGCUCAUAGCGAAGAUAAAGACUUGUUUUUGAAAAAUUAGAUGAGAGGCAAGCUGAUCAGGAAUGAAGAUAUUUGCAAAUACCAUGACGGUGUAUGUCUUAGUAGACAGCAAUCAACAUGUUGUUGAGAAAGAGAUGCAGAUCGCUGCUAUGCCAGCUGCAGUUAUUUGUGCUUAUGUUGGGGAUGCUAUUUCUACUAUUGAUGAUCACAGUUCUGGAUCCAAUAUCCCAUAGUGAGGGCACAUCCAGAGAUCCGUAUCCACAUCACAACGAGCUUGACGAUGGGUGGCCUGCCAUGGGCUUGUUUCUGGAGAGGGAUAAUAACAGACAAGGGUACAAGGUGGAAGUCCUUUCUCCUUUAUCUUCUUUAAGGGAUGAAGGUUUGAUUGCAAUGAAGAUGUCUGGACCUGCGCAAGGUCUUGACAGGGUCAGGCGAAAAAUGUACAAGAUAGUGGGACAACCCAAGAAGAAGAAUGAAGAGGAAAUACCAUCUGUGGUAUGUGUCACGCAAAAAGGAAACGCACUAAAUAGACAAGGUUUGGACUCGUCUGCCAGCCAAAGGAUUCCCUUACAUAGGAAAAUACCGGAGGGUCGGCACCCGCUAUGUCUCCACCAGAGUUACCAUGAAAAAUUACCCACAGCCAGUGUUAUUAUCUCUUUUCAUGAUGAGGCUUGGUCUACACUCCUGAGAACGGUGCACAGCGUGCUUGACAAUUCUCCCAGAAAUGUUCUAAAGGAAAUUAUCUUAGUCGAUGAUCUAAGUCAACAAGGACAACUGAAGUCUGCCCUGAGUGAAUAUAUUUCUAGACUUGGUGGAUUGAAGUUGAUAAGAAGUAAUAAGAGACUGGGGGCUUAUGGAGCCCGUAAACUGGGAGCAGCAAGAGCGACAGGGGAGGUCUUGGUCUUCAUGGAGUCCCACUGUGAGUGUCACAAAGGCUGGCUUGAACCCUUGCUGAACCAAAUACUGGAUAACAGAAAUCGAAUAGUCUCUCCAGUUCUAGACACUAUUAAUUGGAAGACAUAUGAGUAUUAUUACUCUGCUGACCUGCGACAAGGUGUAUUUGAUUGGAAUCUUGAUUUUCACUGGGUAACAUUACCAGAGCAUGAAGAGAAGGUACGCCAAUCUCCCAUCAUUCCGUUCAGAAGUCCAGUAAUAUCAGGGCACGUUGUGGCAAUUGAUCGUCAUUACUUUCAAAAUAUUGGAGGAUUUGAUACAGGCAUCAACUUCUGGGGGGUUGAAAACUUGGAGCUGUCUAUUCGGGUCUGGCUAUGCGGCGGUUUGGUUGAAAUCAUUCCAUGUUCUCGAGUUGGCCACAUAUAUCAAAAUAAUUCCACGUACAAUACUCUUCCAAAUGAGGCCAUACUGAGGAAUAAAAUUCGAAUUGCUGAAGUAUGGAUGGACUCAUAUAAGGACAUUUUCUAUCAGCACGUUGGAAAGGAAUUACCAAUAACAAAGAUUGAAAAGGCUGAAAUUAAUGAGCGUGAACAGCUGAGGCUAAGAUUGGGCUGCAAAGAAUUCCAGUGGUUUUUAGAUAAUAUCCAUCCAGGAAUCAACACUACUCUUUCCGUGCUGGGAUCCUCUGGACAAAUGUUUAAUCUAGAUGCUGGCUUCUGUAUGGACUAUAAAUUCAGUCAUGAGAUUUCUGGACAACCUGUUGAACUUUCCAAUUGUGCGGACACAAUUACUCAGAUUUUUGAGUAUAACCUGAAAGAAAUCCAAUAUAAAUCUGCAAGGUCUCUUUGCCUUGAUGUUAGACACGAACGGAUUAUCAUUGAAAACUGUACUAUCCUGGGGGAACCUGCAAGAAAGCCGUUAUGGAACUUUAGUGAGGCUGGAUUGGUGAAACACAUUCCAUCUGGCAAAUGCAUUGAGCCUAUAAAUAGGAAUCCUGGCACAACUCUGCUUUUAAGACCAUGUAAUCACCAAAGAAAACAGCUAUGGAAAAUUAUACCUCUUUGAUCAAUCUGAGAUAAAAUAUGUAAUGUAUAAUGUAUGCAAAUCUUAGAAAAAAAAAUCUUCUUCAGUGCGGAUCUUCUGAUUUAACAAAUGUAUUUGAUUUAUCAAAAAUAAAUAAAAGAGGGUUUAUUUAGUAAACCAAGAAUCUUGGUAAAUUUAACAAUGAAUUGCAAAAUGCGGGCAAAACGUGGUCAAGCAAUUGGAGAAUAUUUUGCCCAAAUAUUGCAGUUGUUAAAUAGUGGUAGUCAAGUCACACACUUGUUUAAGGAAGUGAGUUAACAAAUGCAAAUAUAUCUAUAAUGAGACAUCUUCU